AUGGGGACCUACAGAGAUAACCAAGGAAGGAAGUGUGGUUUGCUUUUGCUUCAAGUAUUUAUUUUGUUUUUUCUCGGAAAGCGGGCCUUUGCUCAGAUUCGAUACGCUGUUCCGGAGGAGGUCAAAGAAGGAUCAGUUGUUGGAAAUGUUGGGAAAGAUCUUGGUCUUCAUGUUGCAUUGUUAUCCAACCGAGGUGUUCGUGUUAUCUCCGGAUCAAAGGAAGCAUUAUUUGAGGUAAACCAGGACACUGGGGAUCUUUUUGUUCGUAAGAAAAUCGACAGAGAGGAGCUGUGUCACGGGAGUCGUGCGUGCUUAAUUGACCUGAAGAUUUUAGUGGAAAACCCUUUGGAAAUGCACUAUGUCGUUGUGGAAAUUGCCGAUGUAAAUGAUCACUCCCCUAGCUUCGCUGAAAGUGAGCAAGAAUUUGAAAUAUUUGAGCAAACAUUACCAGGGGGCAGAUUCCAGCUGCACGCUGCUCGUGAUCCUGAUGCAGGAUCUAACUCUGUUCGCAAUUACAUGUUAACACCAAACGAUCACUUUGAAAUAGAUAUUCGGCAGAGUGAUGAUGACAAAAUACCAUUUUUAGUUCUGAAAAAGUCCCUAGACAGAGAACAAAGAAGUAAUCAUUUGCUGUAUGUAACAGCGGUCGAUGGAGGAAAACCCCAGAGAUCAGUAACGUUAAAUGUUUCUAUUAUUGUUCUCGACAGUAAUGACAAUCGUCCGAAAUUUAGUCAGGAAAUAUAUGAAAUUGAGAUACAGGAAAAUGUUCCUUUUGGCACGUUGGUAUAUAAACUAAAUGCGACGGAUCCAGAUGAAGGUAUAAAUAGUGAAAUUGAAUACAGUCUCGAGAAAACACUUAAGAAAAAAGUCAACGAGAUUUUCGAACUUGAUAAAACAACAGGAGAAAUAAAAGUGAAAGGAAUACUGAACUAUGAGGAACAGGACGUUUAUAAACUCGAUGUUGAGGCAACAGAUAAAGGAACGCCUCCGUUAAAGGGUGUGUGCAGAGUAAAUAUAAAGAUAAAAGAUGUGAAUGACAAUCCGCCUGAAAUUGAAAUCACCUCUGUGUCAAACACUGUGUCUGAAGACUCGAAGCCUGGUACAGUUAUAUCACUUCUCAGUGUUAUAGAUAAAGAUGCUGGCCUAAAUGGAAAAAUAUUAUUAAACAUAAACUCAGACGUUCCCUUCGAACUAAAGCCCUCUUAUAAGGAAAAUAUUUAUUCAAUUUUGACUAAAGGGAUUUUAGAUCGAGAAGAGGUGUCUGAAUAUGAAAUAACAAUAAGAGCGACGGACUGCGGUGACCCUCCAUUAUCAAAUUUAAAAACCUUAACCAUCCGGAUAUCAGAUGUAAAUGACAACAGUCCCAAUUUCAUUCAAAAUCCAUUACUAUUUUACCUUCCGGAAAACAACGCAGCUGGCAUGUCUAUAUUUUCUGUCAGUGCAACCGACAAAGAUGCGAACGAAAAUGCUGCUAUUGCAUAUCAUAUUGCGAGGGAAGGAAGCAAAAAAGACAUUUUGUCAUUCCUAAACAUAAACACUGAUAACGGGAAAGUAUCUGCUCUUAAAAGAUUCGACUUUGAAACUCUGAAAACUUUCCAGUUCCAAGUUGUCGCCUCAGAUUCUGGGUCUCCGUCACUGAGCAGCAACGUCACAGUGAACGUGUUCAUUCUGGAUCAGAACGACAACGCUCCAGUCAUCCUGUAUCCAGUCAGCUCCAAUGGUUCUGCUGAAGGUGUGGAGGAGAUUCCCCGCAAUGUGAACGCAGGACACUUGGUGACUAAAGUCAGAGCCUAUGACGCUGAUAUAGGAUAUAACGGCUGGUUGCUGUUUUCACUGCAGGAAGUUACUGACCACAGUCUCUUUGGUUUGGACCGCUACACAGGACAGAUCAGAACACUUCGCUCAUUCACAGAGACAGACGAGGCUGAGCAUAAACUGGUCAUACUGGUCAAAGACAAUGGCAACGUUUCCCUCUCAGCAACAGCUACUGUGAUUGUCAAACUGGUGGAGCCCAAAGAGGCUUUUGCAGCUUCUGAUGUUAAAAGUGCAGCAAAGGAUGAUGAGGAUAAUAAUGCGACUUUUUAUCUGAUGAUCACUUUGGGCUCAGUUUCAGUUCUGUUUAUCAUCAGUAUCAUCGUGCUGAUUGCAAUGCAGUGCUCCAGAUCCACAGACUAUACUUCUAAAUAUCUCCCAGAGACUAAUUAUGAUGGGACACUGUGUCACAGCAUCCAGUACAGAUCUGGAGACAAACGGUACAUGUUAGUUGGACCCAGGAUGAGUAUAGGAUCUACUAUAGUACCUGGAAGUCAUGCAAACACACUGGUGCUACCUGACAGGAGGAGGACAUGUGAUGAGGUAAGAUUUGUUUUAAAUUCUAGUAUAUUCGGGUGAGCAAACGUAGUCUAGACUAUUACAUAUAGAAACAUAAAUGAGUUUAAUCUCGUUCAUAACUAUGCCGCAGAAGUUCUAAAAUGUUUUAAACUGAAACACUGAAAACUCAUUUUCUUAAGACUAUUUUUAUUUUUAUCUCAUGCGUUAUAUUUUAGAACAUGCAAGUAUUUCGUUUCUAUCAUAAUUGUAUCCGCUUAAUUUACACGGUAGUGGGAACCAGGGACGAUAAACAUAAUGCAACUACAAAUACAAAUGGCUCUAUGAUCAUGUUUCGAUUAAAGGAGAUUCAUUGAGGUUGGCUACCAGGCGAAUGGUGUGUCUAGAUUUAAAAAAUGAA